AUGGACCAACCCAGGGAGAUUGACUUAAUCUCCAACAGUACCCAUAGCGACGAUGCCAGUAGCGACUGUAGUGCUACAGUUGAAAAUGACCCGGACAGAUCCUACUUCAUUGAGCAGAUCGAUCUUACAGGCGAUGAUUCAGGGCCAGGCUUCUUCCCAAACCCCCGAGCACCCAGCAUCCCUCGUUCAAGACACCAAUCGAUCUCGAAUGAGAUCGUGGACCUUGCUUCUGGGUCCCAGCCCUCUCUUAACGAGGGAGACUAUCUCACUGAUGAGUGUUUCGAGAGACUCAUUCGGGAUUGGAGUGAAAGGGGGAGACCAAGACCUUCGGAUACUCCAAGGGAACCACCUCAGCCCCAAAAGUUUAUUAUCCCUGAAGCGUGCAUAGACGGGAUCCUUUAUAAGCCUGGCCAGUCUGUUGAGCUUUAUGAUGGUACUUUUCUGCGCAUUGUCACAGUUCUUUCUGAGUCGACUGGUUCUGUGUUCCUUCGUGGCCGUCGAUUAAUUAGCAACGUCGAGCACACCGGGACCUACAUUCCUUCGCGGCGCAAUGAGCUUGUUUGGAUGGUCAACAAUAAGGAAGACGUUCCCUUGGAGAUAGUAAAGCGCUUUGCCACUAUAAAUUUCACCAACUGCACUGGUGAUUCUGUGAGAAACGGAUUUACGUGCCGCAUCAAAGAGACUUCAGAGCAAGCGGAAGCUUCUGUUCAGUACCUUUCUUACGACGACGCUGACCAGGGCUUGAAAAUUCCCACCCAAGCAUUGCGACAUGCAUGGAGGGGCGAAACUCGUCCUUUCGGUGAUGCAGAACUGCGCUCCCCCAGAACAGUUAGUUCUUCGUCGGUGAUUGACCUUACGGAUGCUAGGGAGAACCAUCAAAAUUAUACCUUUGGCGAUGGCUUCUGUGGUGCCGGCGGAGUAUCAUCUGGUGCCCAUAAAGCAGGUCUGCAUAUCAAAUGGGCUUUUGAUAGCUCACCGUAUGCAACUGAUACGUACCGUCGAAAUUUCGAAUCGGCUAUUUGCGAGCAAAGUGAUAUUUUCCAUUUCUUAACGAAUGAAGAGAAAUUUUUACGAGUUGACAUCAGCCAUGGUUCUCCUCCCUGUCAAACAUUCUCCCCUGCACAUACUAUUAACUGUGAUAGAGAUGAUGCAAAUUCGGCCUGCAUCUUCUCAUCUUCAAAUCUCAUUAAAAAGGCCAAACCUCGAGUUCACACUAUGGAGGAAACUUCUGGUUUGUUUGAAAGGCACAAGGACACAUUCCACCGUGUCAUCCAAGACUUUAUUGAGAUUGGGUACUCUGUUAGAUGGGCGGUGCUUCACUGCGCAGAGUAUGGUGUCCCCCAAAUCCGGAGGAGAUUAGUUAUCAUAGCUUCUGGUCCUGGGGAAGCUCUUCCACCAUUCCCGAAGCCUACACAUGGGCCUCCAGAAUUAGGUUUAAAACGACCUACCACCAUUAACUCGAUAAUUUCAUCAAUUCCUCUCAAUGCCGCCGACCACGAUGUUCAAGGGGCUUUGGAUCGAGGUUUACGCGGUGGUCCCAGGGCCCCCUUUGAUCCCAAUCAACCGGCCAGGACAAUCACCUGCGGGGGAGGGGAGAAUAACUAUCAUCCAUCAGGUCAGCGAGGGUUCACAAACCGAGAAUUCGCUUGUCUCCAGACAUUUCCAUUGGAACAUCGAUUUGGACCAAGGGAAGUCCGGAAGCAAAUUGGCAAUGCCGUUCCACCUGCCCUUGCUAAAGCCGUUUAUGGCGAGAUCAUUAAGUCGUUGCAGAAAACAGAUGCGGAGGAACAUCCUGCCCGUCCCGUUGGACCGAGUAUUAUCGAGGUUGAAUGA